UUUUGGAGCGCGGACAAGUCUGCAAGUCUGCACAGAAAGGCGAGCGGGUUCGCGGAGACCGAGGGGGAGGGGACAGGACAAGCGGGCGGGCGCACCGCUCGCCUCGGCUCGCCUUAGCCCAACCCAGCCCAACCUUCUCUCCCCCCCUCUGCCCCCACCACCUUCUUUCCUUUCCUUUCCUUUCUUUUUUUUUCUUUUUUUGCGAAGACCAUGUCAGCUCCGAAGGACCAGCCCGGGAGCCUGCGAGACUGCUGAGGAAGGGAGGAGGAGGAGGAGGAGAAUGAAGCUGAGCCCGGGGGCCAGCUGCCUGCUGCCGCCAACGCCGCCGCCGCUGCUGGUGCUCUUGCUGCUGCUGCUGCUGGGUCUCUGGAGCCAGGACGCCGGAGCUGCGGCAUGCCAUGGAUGUUCGUCAGGAUCCAAAUGCGACUGUAGCGGAACAAAAGGGGCAAAGGGUGAGAGAGGCUUCCCAGGUUUAGAAGGACAACCAGGCUUACCUGGAUUUCCUGGACCAGAAGGACCAGCUGGGUCACGAGGCGAAAAAGGGGAUGAUGGAUUUCCAGGGCCAUCUGGACCCAAAGGAAUUAGAGGACCUCCAGGUCUACCAGGCUUUCCGGGAACACCAGGACUUCCUGGGCUACCAGGUCAGGAUGGGGCUCCAGGACCUCCAGGUAUCCCAGGAUGCAAUGGAACAAAGGGAGAACGUGGCUACCCUGGCAGUUCAGGUUUCCCAGGUUUACAAGGCCUCCCUGGUCCCCCUGGCCUAAUAGGGAUGAAGGGGGAGCCAGGUGAGAUACUGACAUCUUUGCAGCCAGGACAAAAGGGUGAUCCAGGAUUUCCAGGUCUACCAGGACUACCAGGCUCCGCAGGUCCCAUUGGAGCACAGGGCCCUAUUGGUCCUCCUGGACCCCCAGGUUUGCUGGGUCCCCCCGGUCCCCCAGGACUCCCAGGUCCUAAGGGCAACAUGGGCUUGAACUUCCAAGGCCCAAAAGGAGAAAAGGGUGAGCAGGGACUCCAAGGACCCCCAGGACCCCCAGGACAGCUUGGCGAACAGAAAAGAACAAAUGAUGUAGAGUUUCAGAAAGGUGAUCAGGGCGUUCCAGGUGACCGAGGUCCCACAGGUCCUCCUGGGCUACCAGGUCCUCCUGGUCUUCCCGGUGGUGGAAAAGGUGAAAAGGGUGAGCAAGGAGAACCAGGCAAAAGGGGGAAACCUGGCAAGGAUGGAGAAUUUGGUCAGCCUGGCUUGCCUGGUUUGCCUGGAGGUCGUGGUAUACCUGGUUUUCCAGGAAGAGAUGGAGAGAAAGGCAGUAAAGGUGACACUGGUCCUCCUGGUCCUCCUGGACAUACAAUUCUAAGGCCAGAUACUGGAGCAACGGUGGGACCAAAAGGUAGUAAAGGGUUGCCAGGAAUUCCUGGAGACAAAGGAGAACGUGGAUAUCCAGGCCAACAGGGGCCACCGGGCCUCCCAGGUUCACCAGGAAUUCCAAGUGUUGGUUCUCCUGGUGCUCCUGGUUUUCCCGGUGAGAGAGGACAGAAGGGGGAUCAAGGCCUUCCUGGAAUCCCAAUACCAGGGCCACCUGGAAAUGAUGGACAACCAGGCUCACCUGGCCCCCCUGGCCCUCCUGGCCCCCCUGGAACUAGCAUUCCACCCAUUGACAGACUCUGUGAGCGAGGACCACCUGGCUUCCCAGGACUCCCAGGAGAACAAGGAUUUAUUGGGGAGAGAGGCCAGAAAGGUGAUAAAGGAGACACCUGUUUUAACUGCAUUGGAAUUGGCACUUCAGGCCCUCCAGGGGAGAAGGGAGUACCAGGUUUACCUGGAACCCCAGGUUCUCCUGGUUUUCCUGGGCUGAAAGGUGAUAAAGGAGUCCCUGGCCUUGUUGGUAGUGUUGGGGCACAAGGUCUUCCCGGCCCUCCUGGCCCUCCUGGACGUCCCGGCGCAAAAGGUGAUCCAGGUGAUGUUCUUGCUUUCCCUGGAUUAAAAGGCGAGAAGGGGAACCCUGGCUUCCCAGGCCCUCCAGGUCUGCCUGGGUUAGAUGGAUCUCGUGGACAAGAUGGACUGCCGGGUCUUCCUGGGCCCAAGGGGGAGCCAGGUGGCAUCAGUUUCAAAGGGGACAGGGGACUUCCUGGUGAUCCAGGAAUUCCUGGUAUUCCUGGUGAUCGAGGGCCUCCAGGAUCUCCUGGAUUUGGCCCACAAGGUCCCCCAGGCCAGAAGGGCAUUCAGGGUGUUUCGGGGCGCCCAGGAGCCCCUGGAGGUCCAGGGCCCAAAGGGGAACCUGGACAAACUAUCACAGAAGCAGGAUCUCCAGGUAACCCGGGCCCCCCAGGCAGAGAUGGUGAAGUUGGCCUUCCAGGUGAUCCUGGCCAGCCAGGGCCAUCUGGAUUGCCAGGCAUCCCAGGCUCAAAAGGGGAUCCAGGAAUACCUGGCAUUGGACUUCCAGGCCCACCAGGACCCAAAGGAUAUCCUGGGUUGCCAGGCCUUCCUGGUGUACCAGGAAACCCUGGAAGAGCAGGUCAGGAUGGACCUCCUGGGCUUCCUGGAUUAGCAGGACAGAAGGGGGACCGUGGUUUUGGUGUUCCAGGACCAGCUGGACCACCUGGGCCACAGGGUUUCAAAGGAGCACAAGGUCCCAAAGGUGAUUCCGGCUUUCCAGGAACCCCUGGCCUUCCAGGACGUAUAGGUUUUGAUGGAACUCCAGGGCCUAAAGGUGACCCGGGGCCACGUGGCCAACCUGGGUUAGCAGGACCUCCAGGGAUUCCAGGGAUUGGCGGCCAAGGCCCACCUGGGGCUCCAGGGCCUCCAGGACCUGUGGGCCCACCAGGUUCAUCAGGAUUACCAGGCACACCAGGUGAAAAGGGAGAUCCUGGUUCACCAGGAUUCGACAUUCCCGGUCCACCAGGAGAUAGGGGCAGUCAAGGAUUUCCUGGAUCACCCGGUCUCCCAGGACCUCCAGGUUCACCUGGGCCACUCGGACGAGAUGGACUUCCCGGACUUCCAGGUAACAAAGGUGAUAUGGGAGUGAUGGGUGCACCUGGUCCCCAAGGUUCGCCUGGAACCCCAGGCAGGAGUGGACUUCCUGGCCUGAAAGGCAAUGAUGGGUUACCAGGCCAGCCUGGUCGUCCAGGCCCAGCAGGGCAAAAAGGCAGCAAAGGUGAGACAGGCCUGCGUGGACUUCCAGGAACAAUUGAUCCAGAGCAGCUGGGCUCUAAAGGAGAAAAAGGAGAACCAGGAACUCCUGGUAUUCCUGGUUUAACAGGGCAGAAGGGCUACCCAGGCACCCCAGGUGACCCAGGGACUCCUGGACUAGUUGGACAGCCAGGGAUACCUGGACUACCAGGCCCGAAGGGAGACUUGGGAUUUCCUGGGCCACCAGGACCAACUGGACCUCCUGGACAGAAAGGUGCCAGUGGUGAAAUGGGACUUCCAGGUCCUCCAGGCCAAAAAGGUUUCCAAGGCAUAGCAGGACAACCUGGGCAGCCUGGCCAGCCUGGGUUUCCUGGGCAGAAAGGAGACAAGGGUGAUCCAGGCCUAUCAGGCAUCGGUAUUCCAGGGCCCCCUGGCCCUAAGGGUGACCCUGGUUUGCCUGGAUAUACAGGUAGUCCUGGCAACAAAGGUUCUUCUGGCAAUCCUGGGCUGCCUGGUUUAGCUGGCAGUCCAGGUGCAAAAGGUGAUGCUGGCCUCCCUGGAUUCCCAGGUACACCAGGUAUUCCAGGACCAAAAGGUAUAGAUGGACCCCCAGGUAAUCCAGGUGUUCCAGGGUCACCUGGGCCUCCAGGCGACAUUGGCCACCCUGGCCCUCCCGGCCUUGUAGGGGAAAAAGGACAGCCUGGACGGGAUGGCAUUCCUGGACCAGCAGGACAGAAAGGCGAACCAGGUCAACCAGGUUUUGGACGCCCCGGACCUCCUGGACUCCCAGGACUCUCAGGUCAAAAGGGUGACUCGGGUUUACCUGGACCCUCAGGACCUCCAGGAGCCCCUGGUCUGAAGGGAGAAACAGGCGGUCCAGGAUUCCGUGGCCUUCCAGGUUCCCCUGGCUCUCCAGGGCUGCCAGGACCACCUUCAGAAGGGCCUAAGGGAAGCCCUGGGCAACCAGGCAUACCAGGGAGGCCAGGUGCCACAGGUCCUCCAGGUCUUCCUGGUUCAGAAGGCCCCCGUGGACCCCCCGGAACUGGAGGAGUAAGAGGAGAAAAGGGAAACCCUGGCCAACCAGGUCAGCCCGGAGCGCCUGGUUUGAAAGGAGACCAAGGACUUUCUGGACGCCCGGGUGAUCCUGGUCGUCCUGGUCUGAAUGGAAUGAAAGGAGAUCCUGGUGUUCCAGGAGUUCCAGGAUUCCCAGGCAUGAAGGGGCCCCUUGGACCUUCAGGACCACCAGGCCUUGGAGGAGACCCUGGACUCCCUGGAUCUCCAGGACCUCCAGGGAUACCUGGUCCAGCUGGACAAACAAUUAUUGUAAAAGGUGAUCCAGGCCCACCAGGUCCUCCAGGGCAGCCUGGAAUGAAAGGUCUACCUGGACUAUCAGGCCCUCCAGGAUUACCAGGCCCAAUCGGUCUUCCUGGUGAUCCUGGACGAGAUGGGCUUCCUGGAUUUGAUGGACCAGGAGGACGUAAAGGAGAGAGGGGACUUCCAGGUCAACAAGGUCAACGAGGCUCACAGGGGCCCCCUGGUCCAGAUGGACUCCAGGGCCCCCCUGGUCUUCCUGGGACUGCUUCAGUUGCUCAUGGAUUCCUCAUAACUCGCCACAGCCAGACAACAGACACGCCGUUCUGCCCACAAGGAACCACCCAGAUUUACAAUGGAUUUUCUCUUCUCUACGUGCAGGGGAAUGAGAGAGCCCACGGGCAGGACUUGGGCACUGCUGGAAGCUGCCUCCGCCGUUUCAGCACCAUGCCCUUCAUGUUCUGCAACAUCAACAAUGUCUGUAAUUUUGCAUCUCGGAACGACUAUUCCUACUGGCUCUCCACCCCUGAGCCAAUGCCAAUGAGCAUGGAGCCUUUAACUGGAAAGAAUAUCCAACCCUUCAUUAGCCGCUGCACUGUCUGUGAAGCUCCUGCCAUGGUUAUAGCGAUCCACAGCCAGACCAUUCAAAUCCCACCUUGUCCACAAGGCUGGAACUCGCUAUGGAUUGGAUAUUCUUUUAUGAUGCAUACCAGUGCUGGGGCAGAGGGAUCUGGACAGGCAUUGGCCUCUCCUGGUUCCUGCCUGGAAGAAUUCCGUUCCGCUCCUUUCAUUGAGUGCCAUGGUCGAGGGACCUGCAACUAUUAUGCUAAUUCAUACAGUUUCUGGCUGGCAACUGUGGAAGUGGCAGAAAUGUUUAGUAAACCUCAGUCGGAGACUCUGAAAGCUGGAGACCUGAGGACGCGCAUUAGUCGAUGCCAAGUUUGUAUGAAGAGGACGUAAUGCCUCAAAGACUUUUGAAAACAACGGAGAAAUCUAACGGUGCACUUCCUUUAGAUAUACACUUCCUUUAGAUAUAACAAUGGUGCUAUUGUGCAGAAGAAGAAGAAGAAGAAGAAGAAGAAGAAGAAGAAGAAGAAGAGAAAAUUCUGAUUAUGCAGAUUCCGGUGUGCCUCUCCUCAAGUGCCAUCCCAAAGGUGUUCUUCUGGUGCAUUUUGUGUGUGUGUGUCAAGGAAGGGAACUGACCUCUUGCAAAAUAUUGGAGACACCUGGGGUCACUAAGGAUCAGAAGGUGAAGUUACCACUUCUCCCACCCCAAAGGCCAAGAGGGCCCGCUUUGAAAAUUGAUCCCAGAGGAAAAGAAGAAACUACAAUCUUACAAUGCACUGUGAUGGUUCAAAAGAGCAGACUGCUCAGUUUUGAGAAGCCCAAAGUUCAUGGUGCUACUAACCCUACUGUACCCCAGGUUUUUAAUAUGAAAUGUUUAAGCUUAUUUUUUCCCCAUUGUAAGUAAUGAAAUGUGUAUAUUGUGUAAGCACAUUUUUUAAGUUUUCAACUUCUUAAUCAUUUAGACACAAAGCAGCCUAAAAUCACUGACUUCACCAGAGUAAACCAAACCCUAUAUAUAAAUAUAUAUGUUAAAAAUACUCACAUAAAGCAGAAAGCAAUAUUGUAUAGGCAAUAAGUGACGAGAGGAUCUAUUUUUGUCGUGCAGCAAACUACUACUGAGUUUUAAAGGUUUAUUUUCUUCUCUGAGUUCUGGGCAUAUUUUAUUUAGGAAAAGGUAUAAUAAUGCUAUAGCCAUAAUUGUUUUUAAUCGGGGCUGUUGAUGUCUAUAUUGUAUGCCACACUUUUGAUGAUUCUAUCUGUCCUUAAGAAGCAAAAGAAAAAAGACAAACCCACAUUUUAAAGGGUUUUAUUUUUGCAUAUUCUGUGAAAUAUUUUAAAUGCUCAGCCAAUCUGGUGCUUUGCAGAUGUUCUAGACUACAACUCCCAUCAUCCCUAGCAAAUGACCAUGUUGACUGGGGCUUAUGGGAGUUGUAGUCCAAAACCUCCAGAGGGCACAAGAUUAGGGAAGGCUGCUAUUUUCUUCUAUUAAAAAUAAAUCAUAUUCAUAUAGUAAUAACUUACAUUGGUUCAGCUAACUACCCCUUGGAAAAUAUGCAGAAAACACAAAUGUAUAAAUAUUAUUCAUGCACACACAAAUCCACUUUUUUUUAGCUAUGGUGUCUUAUAUUUUAUGCAGAGUAACUGUACACUUUGAAAAACCCUUUUGACUGAAAUAAAGUGAAAACUGGUAAUAAUUGA